AUGGCUUCUACAACAAAAGGUCAUGAGCAAGUUCCACCAGGAGAGCCUAUGUCAAUGGGGCAACAUAUGCUAGACAAAGGGGCUCAAAUGAUGCAAUCUUUAAAACCUAUCAAGCAAAUGAACCAACAUGUGUGUCGAUCGGGGGUGGAGUAUAUAUUAUCUGAUCGUAUCUUUGAAAGUUUGCCUCAAGAAGAACAAAAACUUUGGCAUUCUCAUGCACACGAGAUAAAAUCAGGACUUUGGGUGAAUCCAAGAGUUCCAGAAAUGGUAAUAAGGCCUGAACUGGAGAAUCUUACCAAAACCUAUGGCAAAUUCUGGUGUACGUGGCAGACAGAUAGAGGUGACAAGUUACCAAUUGGGCCUCCAUCACUAAUGAUGUCUCCACAACCAGUAGAUUUAGGCAUUGUGAAAAUAGGUCUAGUCAAGAAGAGAGAUGACAAGUACAACAUAUCGACCGACGCCAUGAAAACAGCUCGGGCUGAUUUAUCCGAGCGCACCCGUCUCAAUCCGAGGGCGGAUUAUUGGGUGGAGCAUGGUAAGGGUUUCAUGAUCGAUGUUGAGGAUGUUGAGAUGAAGAAGAUAGCACCAUUUCCAUGA